AUGUUUAGACAAGUUUUAAUAGUGACUUAUUUGAUAGUAUUCUUUCUAGGAGGAGGAUUGUUUUUUAUUGGAUUUAACGGUGAAAGAAAAAGUUUUGAACAAGGUAACUCUUACAAGGAUGUAAAAUUGUUGGAAAUAGAAUUUUUCAAAAUAGAACCUAUCUAUGACAAAGUUCUGUAUUUUAUUGUAGAUGCACUAAGAGUAGAUUAUUUGAAUAUAGAGACAAAAAGCCCAAGAAAUUAUAUUCACAAUAAAUUAGAGAACUUAAAUGCUUUAAUGAGAAAUGUAGAGUUGAGUAAGCAUCUUCGAUUCUACAACUACAAGGCAGAUUUUCCAACAUUGACAACUUUUAGAGUGAAAUCAAUGAUGUCAGGCGAAAAUCCCGGACUCAUGGAACUCCUCUCAGUCUUAAGACCAAAAAGUAAUGUAGAUUCUUCCACUAUAUUAAGGAAUUUAUAUACUCAUAAUAUGAAAUCUGUAGUUCUUGGAGAUGAUACAUGGAGUCUUUUGUACGAUCAAUUAAUUCACUAUGAAUAUAAAUAUGAAUCAUUAAAUAUUCGGAAUUUUGAUAAUUUGGAUGAUUAUGUGGAAGAAAAGAGCCAUUUGUUUUUAGAUUCUAAUAAUAGUGACUACAAAAAAUACAAUGAUUGGAGAUUCAUGGUGAUGCAUUUCAUUGGAGUCGAUCAUAUUGGGCAUUAUAUUGGUAUUAAUAACCAGUUUAUGAGUAAUAAACUAUCUCAAAUGGAUCAAUUAGCUAAACAAACUUUGCAAAUGCUUCUCAAAAUUGACGAUGAAAAGAAUCUAACUCCUGCAGAAUUUAGUCAAAAAGUUCAAAAAUUUUCCGAAAAUCUUCUAAAAACCAAUCACACUGAUUACACAAAACAUGAAAAAAUUCUUUUUUUGUUCUUUGGUGAUCAUGGUCAGAAUGAAAGUGGCGGGCAUGGUGGCCCAUGCAUUACAGAAACUAGCGCGGGCCUAUUUGCAUUUUCCACUAUUCCUUUUAUAGAACCAAUGGAAAAGAUACCCAAGUGGGAUUUAGGCAUGGAUAAUGAGAAGAGGCCAGAAUCUUUAACCUUUACUGAGAGGAUUAAAGAAAUUAAGGUUUUAAAUCAGAUAGAUAUGGUUCCGUUUGUAUCAUCCGUCUUAGGAAUACCAAUACCAGAAAAUAAUUUGGGCAUAUUUAAUUCAGAUCUUAAAGUUAAUUUGACUGGUACCGAAUAUAAUCAUAAUAAUCAUGUAUAUUCUGAUCAAAAUGGUUUUCAAGAAUAUUUACAGGAAAUGACUUAUGCGAAAAUUAUGCAUAAUAAUGCUCUUCAAAUGUUUAAUAGAUUACUGAAGGUAAUUGAGAGUACCCAAAGGUUAGAAGAUGAUAUCAAAUCAAAGUAUUAUGAGUUUGGAAAUAGUUAUAAUUUUAUUAAAGAUCUUGAUGAGAGGUUGAGGAAAAAUAAAGAGGAGAUAAUAUUUGAUAGUGAAUUUGAAAAACAAAGUAAUUAUACAUCAGAAUUGAAAAUGUUUAAGAAUCAUUAUAAAGUAUCUCGUGAAUUUGCUAGUCUUAUUCAGAGAAAGUUGUUUAAAGAUAGAUCAAAAUUUGACUGGGUAUCAAUUACUCAAGGAUUUAUGAUCAUGAUAGCAUUAUUAGUAUUUGUUUCAGUGAUCAUUAUUCCAACUUUUAAUUUAAGUAUGUCAAAGUUUAUGUUUAAUAACAAAAAAGGAUUUCUAUCUUUAUCUACUGAAUCACCAUCUAAUUAUUCUAAAAAUACCUUACCUAUAAAUUUAAGACCUGGCCCAUUAUUUACAUUUUAUUUGAUAAUAAUAUUAAUAACUUCAACAAUUAAUUUGAUUGGAUUAUACUUAUCAAAUCAGAAAUUGAUGAUACCAGAAAUAGUCAUGAGUAGGAUAAACACAUUUACAUCUGUUUUGAUCACCCUAAUAAUGAUGCACAUACUUUUGAGAUUCCGGUAUGAGAUUAAAUCAUUUUAUUCAAAUAUGUUUACAUUUAAUUUAAGUAGUAAAGAAUUAAGAUGGAACGUUUAUUGGUGUAUAAUGACUUUGCUGUUUUUAUUACAAUUUGGAAGUUAUUCAGCUUCAUUUGCGGAGAAUGAGGGAAAGGUGGUUAAAUUAUUAAUGGUAUCCUAUCAAAUAAUAAUACUAUUUUCUGGAUCAAAAAAUAAUUUGAAAAAGAUAAUAUUACCACUGAUACAGUUAAUAUUAAUACGUUUUACAUUCAUUUUUGAAAAAGAUAAUCAUGAAAUUUUAGAUGGAUUUACUGGUAUAGGAUUAUUAUUAACAUCAAAUACAACAAGAUUACUGAUAUUUAUGAUCUAUUUAUUUCUGCUAUUGCUGGUAUAUAAGAAUAUUUUAAAUAAAUGGAAUAUGUUUCUAAUAUGUAUAGCUCCAAUAUAUAUCUGGUUUAAUUGGGUUAAUAACAAUAAUAUUAUACGUUUAAUUGGUUUAAUAAAUUUAAUAUAUAUAAUAAAUAGCUCAUUAAUAAAAAGAAUAAAAAGGUACCGAAUAAGAUCAAAAGAGUCAAGUAAUAUGAUAAUGGUAAAUAGUAAAUUGGUAAUUAACAGAUGGAUUAGUAAUCAUUUAAUCUUAAUAUUUUUAUUAAAGAACGACUUAAUUAUACCAUAUGCAAUAACUAGUAUAAUACAAUUAAUAUCAAUAGAGAGUUUAAGAUCAGACGGUGAAACUAAAAAAGAUAUUAUGCCGGCAAAGGGGAAUAAAUUAAAAUUGGAUUCAAUACCGGAAUAUGUUGGAUUGUUAGGACUCAAUGAAUUUUAUCCAGAAAUAUCAUAUUUAAUGGUACUAUACUUCCUAACAUCUCAUUUAUUUUCCUUGUCAGCUUUGCUAAAACUUCCAUCAUUGGGAUUUAGGUACCCGAGAAUUAUGGUGAUGGGGAUUUUAUUGUCAAAGUUUCUUUUUGCUGCUUUGGGAAUAAUUAUAUUGAGAGAGAAUAUAAUGGUUUGGCAAAUUUUGUCUCCAAAGCUGAUUUACGAGUUUGUCUUUUGUGUUUCUUUUUCCAUAUAUUCUCUAUUAAUGUAG